AUGGUCGUUGCUGAUAACGAUUCCAUCUGUACGUGUCCAAAUGACUACGAAAUGGUAUCGAGUUCGUUCAUGAGUGUCCAGAAAUGCGUUCGUAAAACGCAUAUCAACUUGAUCAGCUCCAAAGUCAUGCUCAGCAACGCUAAGGAAAUGACAUAUUCGUCCUUCCUCAAGGAAGAAACAGGCAGCUCGGGUUCCGUUGUCCCCGUUGCUAGUGCGUUGCUUGACGACAUAUUCCUGCCUUCCACCACCGCAUGUUACUUUUACCAAAGCGAAAAAGAUAUCGUCUCGUGCCAAGCACUGGGAAACCUCUGUGUCUUGCAGCAUUUUGAUCCCCAAACACCUUCCUGUGCUGUUUUUGAUCUGAUUCAGCGCAGUGGCCGAUCGUCAAUAGUCAACAACAUUAAUGGGUGGUUUACGACGCUGCCAUUCUUGAGCUAUCGAUCGAUAGCAUCCAACAUUGGUCAGACUCCCGUAAACAUGAAGAUGACGUCUGACGCUGCAUCGAAUGAAGGUAUCGAUCAUCUUGAGUUUGUUCUGGCCAGCUAUCACGUUAAUGGCACUCUCAUUGGCUUUCGACCAUUAACUAAUGAACUUGCGUAUUGCCAACCGGGCAGCAUCAGUGUGACUGAGUCGCCUUCGUGGAUGCGGUUCGGUGUGAGCGAAGUAUCAGAGUAUUCGUGCAACCUUGAGGCUUUGCAGACUUCCACUCUAAUACUCCAUGAGCUUUUCUUGGUCGAUCAGACGAAGAGAAAUGGAGAAGACGGGAGGUUCAUUCCCAUUCCAGUGAAGAAUUUAAACUAUCGUGACGACAGUGGAGUAUUCGUCAAUCAGGACAGCGACACCGCAAACGAUCUUCUAGGUCACCGUUUCUUCUUCUACGACUUCCAGACGGGAAUUCCUGUUGGUGAGACCUCACCAAAGGUGAUUCGAUACGCUGAAACCAUCACGCUCACUGUCAGAACGCAAGUCUCUGACUCACACUUCAUAUAUGUCCCAGAACUGACGAUAGCAUAUAUGGACACACAGAAUCCAAGAUCCGUUGCAGUAUCUCUCCGUGUCGCGUACACCUCCGACACAGACGAGUUUUGGUCGUUUGCAAAGGCUCUGUACACCACGGGGUGCGUCCUUGCAGGAUGUCGAGUUCUACUUCAGACGUUCAACUGGUACCGACGCAGUAUCCGGAACGAAGUCGUGGAGAAUGCCAUGUGCCAGAUUCUAUCGACUUUGAUCAGCUACAGUGCAUCCAGUUUCGCUCCAGUCUCGUUCGCAGUCAUGUUCCUAAUGUGCAGCUACUUUUUCAUGGUCUUCAGACUACAAUCAAGCACCAUACUCAUGCUUCCAGAGGUGAGUUUCGAUCCUCUUGCAAGCGGUGUCGAUGAAUAUUACCUGUUUCGAGUGCUGCUUCCUCUGUCCUUCUUCUGCCAACUGGUCUCCGUCUUCCGUCACGUUUAUCGUCAAGCUCAAUUACAACUGUUCUUCGUUGAUUGGGAGAAACCUCGCGCUACCGUCAUGGACAUCGAUUCCACCACGCCAACCCAGGCAUCAAUCAGCGUGUGGCGUAUGAUCUUGGUCGUCAAUGAGUGGAACAAGCUGCAAACCGUUCGAAAGACUUCGUUGCGCUUCACACUCGUGUUCGUUCUAUUUCUUCUGUACGGGUGCAACUUGAGAAUGCUCUCGCUUCCAGUUCCACGAGCACAAAUGCAGUACAUUACCCUCACAACGACUACUGUCUCCACAGACGCAGCAGAUCUCCAAUUGAAUCCGUAUUUACGCUUUGCCAACGUCUCGAUCUGGUGGCUUUUUGUGUACGUGGGUCAGAGACUCUGGAAAUGGAUGAUCUUUGAGCGAUACAUUGAUGAGCCACGUGAACAGCUCUUUAUCGAUCUCUGCACAGUAUCGAAGGUGAGUUGUCUGUUUCUCGACGAAACAUAUCACGGUUUUUAUCUGCAUUGUCGAUCACCACAUCCAUUCGCCGACGGGAGCAUGAGAGAACUGGUGGAUCAAUUGAAACAGGAAGACGCAGGGCUUACUGCAGGCCGUUAUCUGGACUCCACGUUCCCUGAUUGCCAAACGUUUGAAAUAUUUGUCACUCGCAAAUGGAGACGCAAGUUUCACCAUUUGUACGCGUCAGUACGAGGCGAUAGUCCCGUGGAUGGACGUGGCGGUAGCGGCGAAGGGCUAAUCCAGCGGUCAUUCUCUCCAAAAGGGCCGUCCACACUUCCAUUGAAAAGAACUGACUUAAAACGCCAGAACGGUAUGGUGACAACAGAAGCCAUGGUACACAAUGCCGAGCAGCUCCGGGAUUUCUUGAAGUCGUUUAUAGAGAACCAGAACGACAGGUAUCGUUGGAGGAUUUACCGUGCCCACACUUGCAUCACACGCUUUCUCGAUAUUCCACCAGAUAUGUCGUUCAGCAAGCAGUCCCUCUUUUUGUCAGACACUGAUUCCAGAUUUGCAAAAGCUUCGCUUCUUCUUGGGAUUGAGAAUGAUCUGAUGUUGCUGGAUCUGCUAUGCUUUUGCUUGCUUGAUCUGUGGGUUGGUAACCAUGCGAUUUCUGCAAUGGCGACGUAUGCGCUCCAAAUUGUGUUGCUCUCCACCCGCGCACAUCUCGGCAGACGCAACAUUGCGAGAAGUACACUUGUAGACCCACGCUUCCUAAUAUAAAACUCACGAGUCAGUGUCAAAGAGAACUUCCUUAGCCCUACGCAGCCCCCACAAAUGACACUCAUCAAACAAGUACACUGGGCUGUAGUCACAGUUAUGAUCUAACAAGCAUAAGUAAAAUGUCAUUGAUGGUCAACAACAACCG